AUGUUUCCUCCCCGCGGCAUCAUCGUCUCCGAUGGCGACAUGGACCAGGCCAUGUCUUAUUGCUACGAUCGUGGUGACGGCCAGUUCACGCGUCUCGUUCCCGUCGACAGUCUUCCUUUCUCUCUGAGAAACAUGCCCGCCCGUGUCACCACGGACGAGGGCAUGAUCGUCUUGCCGGUCCCGCGCAUGCGUGGCCCCGACGGCCAGCCUGCUGACAGCCAACUGGUGCCUGUCUCUGUCGUCACUCCUCCUGCCAGCCCUAUGGACAAUGCCUCGAAUGAUAUCAUCCAAUCUCGAAUCGACUCUAUUGUCGCCAGCACUCCUCCCACCGUCGCUGUGGCCCCCGUCUCCAGCAGUGCUGUCGUUCUCGCCCGCCCCAAUGGCCCUGGCAACCGAGGCCCCAAUGGACCCCGGCGGGAGAAGAUCUAUUGCGACAAGUGGAUCCACGACGGUACCUGUGCCUUCACCCAGCAGGGUUGCAAGUUCAAGCACGAGAUGCCGCAGGACAAGGAGACCCAGCAGAGUCUGGGCCUUUUCCACGGCUACCCAGCCUGGUGGAAGAAGCACUGCGCCGAUCAGCAACAGAUUCAACAAGGCGAGGAGCGCCCUAUCAAUGUCGGUGGUGGUUACGGCGGCGCUGUCGGAUCUCGCUUCAACGAUGGUGCUCAGGGCUCCUCUCGCUAUGGUGGUGGAGGCAUCUCUGCUCCCUCCUGGCGUCGCAUCGAGGCGGCUCCCACGACCGAGCUCUCUACAGCUACCGCUACUUCUGGCCCUGUCUCUGGCUCCGGAUCUGGAUCUAGUAUCGCCUCUAGCGGUGGUCCUGUGGGUGGCUCUCAUAGUCGUGGCCGCGGCACCCACAGUGAUCAAAGUGACCAGCCUGGCCGCCCUGUGGCUCGCUUCUCUCAGCCAACAUUUGGCCCGAUUGCUCCCCCUGCCAAGCGUCGCCAGAAUAAGGGCGGCGAGGUUUCUAAGAACACCACCCCAUCUGAAGAGUCCGAUUCCCGCGACUGCUCCAAAGGCGGUGUUCCUCUAAACCCUUAUGAGGCCCUCGAGGACUACGGCGCCAUGUUCAACAAACAUCCCGACGCGAAGCCCAACAAAUCCAAGUCCGAGUAUACCACCACCGAUGAGGACAACGACAACGACGGGGAUGAUGCCUCCUCGGCCGAGUGA